AUGGAGCAUCACAUCCUUUCCCUACGAGAGCUUCGCAGGUCAUGUGGCUCCAGGUUCAAUCGUGAGGACCGUCGGUACAAAUGUCUAAACCACAAAGACAGGAUUCUCCAGUUGUAUAAGAUAGAUGUUGGAACAGAUGAUGUUUCUGUGCAUCCUACCAAUUUCUGUGUCUGCUGCCAUCUAGCAAUGCAUCGAUUUACAAAGAGGCAAGGAGCCUCUGUUCUUGUACCUCUCUGCAGAGAGUGGAUGCCACACUCAGAAAACUGCAACACCUGCUCCAGUUGUCAGCAACAGAAGAAAGGAGAAAGACUACCCAAAACAGUGAAAAAGAAUCGGCUUGUUCCCACAGGUCAGCCAGCAAUCAAAUUGACCGAUCUAAUCCGACAAAUAGAAACAGUAGCACCAGAAGCCCUUAAUCAAGCAAUCCAACUAUCUAAUUUCAUUCAAUCUGAGUCAUUAGUACCUGUUGACUUGUUCGAGUGCCCUGUGUGUGAAAAAGUUGUCAAUAGCCCAGUUGAAUUCCAAUGCAACCAUUUAGUGUGCAAGAAGUGUGCCAUUCAACACUUGCAUCAGUCUCCCUUGUAUGACUGUCCCCAGUGCCAGCUGUCUAUAAACAAGGAGCACCUCAAGAGUCCAUCAGCAAUAACACUUGCAUCAUUAGCAUCACUACAGAUUACUUGCAGUAACCCACACUGCAACAACACCAUGCGUCUGGACAGAUUACAACAACAUUAUACUUAUUGUAGCAAGGAAGGGGGAUCAGACAAAGAGGAGAUGCCUACCCCACUCGGACAAACCCUAGGUACAGUCCUUGCGUCACCCUUAACGCAAACACCAAACACAAUCGAGAAAAGAACAGCCAGCAACAUUGUGAGAAGAAUGGUCAAUUCUUCAUGUGAAGAUGCUUCAGACUACUUCGUUUCAUUGAAGACAAGAGGAAGGCUAACUUAA